AGUGCCACAAGAGCAGGAGUUGUAUUUUUUAAUUUUGUUUUUAUUGUUAUUUCUAGCAGAAAAAUGUCACUUAGCGUAUCUGGACUACCGAAACCCGUUAAUGUACGCAAUGAUGUCCGCCACAAUUGGGAAGUCAUGCAAAUUGUAUAUAAACUCUACAACAAACAGAAGUACACGGACAUUUUAUUCGAGUUUCCCUACUCGAAAUAUAAAUUUACAGCACAUCGCCUGAUUCUCGCAGCGGCAAGCCCAUAUUUUCUAGAACUCUUCGAAAAUGCCGACGACGAUUGCAACUCGCUAACGGUAACGACAAUGGAAAGUGAUACUUUUGAACAAUUGGUAAUCUACUGUUACAACGGACAGACGGAUAUUACGGCUGGUAAUGCGGAGCGUAUGGCCAAAGGCGCUAUGCUGUUACGUUUA